CGCUGUAUGCCCAGAUGUAGACUGAAGGCUGGCUGGCUGGCUAGCUGCAUCACUCUGUAAGCAGUAUACAGAGCUGAGCAGAUUUGUAGACUUUUUGUGCAUGUGGACCUCUGAGACGAUUUCAGUGUAGCUGCAGUCACCUCAUGCAUAGUCAAGCAAGAGAAUCUCCAAACUCCAUAGAAACACGCAGCCCCCAUCUCUGCUGCUAAUUGUAUGUGUGGAACGGACUGAGGAACGUGCAGGGCAGCUGGGCUCAGGAACAGAAGCCUGCUUGAGCUUUCCAUCAGCCUCCUUGCAGUGAUAGUUAUUGUAUGUGGACUGGCCCUGGUGGCAGUUUUUCUCUUUCUCUUUUGGAAGCUGUGCUGGGUGCCCUGGAGGAAUAAGGCCAUUUCAACUCACACCCCCACCUCCCAGUUUUCGGCAGAACACGAGAAAGAAACCAUGGCUGACAAGCUAAAGGACACAGGCACCCUUGGUUUCUUGGAAGCAGCUGUGAAAAUCAGUCACACAUCACCAGAUAUUCCAGCAGAGGUCCAGAUGUCCAUGAAAGACCACCUCAUGAGGCGCACACGAAUGCAGAGGCAAACAACAGAACCUGCAUCUUCCACCAGGCACAUUUCUUUCAAGAGGCACCUGCCCAGGCAGAUGCAUGUCUCCAGUUUGGAUUAUGGCACAGAACCACCACCAGUGGCAGAGCAGCCAACUUGCAUUGGUCGGAUCAAACCAGAACUGUACAAGCAGAAAUCUGUAGACUCUGAGGACCCCAAGAAAGAGGCUGAAAAAAACUGUGGGAAAAUAAAUUUUGCGUUGAAAUACGAUUAUGAGAAUGAGACACUGAUUGUGCGGAUCCUCAAAGCUUUUGACUUGCCAGCCAAGGACCUCUGUGGCAGCUCUGAUCCCUAUGUCAAGAUCUACCUCCUGCCUGACAGGAAGUGCAAAUUCCAGACACGUGUACAUAGGAAAACUCUCAACCCCACAUUUGAUGAGUCCUUUCAGUUUCCUGUUCCCUAUGAGGAGUUAACCAAUAGGAAGCUCCACCUUAGUGUCUUUGACUUUGACAGGUUUUCCCGCCAUGACAUGAUUGGGGAGGUGAUCUUAGAGAACCUCUUUGAGGCCUCGGAUCUUUCUCGGGAGACCUCCAUCUGGAAAGAUAUUCAGUACGCCACAACUGAAAGUGUGGACCUGGGAGAGAUCAUGUUUUCUCUCUGUUAUCUGCCAACUGCAGGUCGUCUCACUUUAACAGUCAUUAAAUGCAGGAAUCUUAAAGCAAUGGAUAUCACUGGCUACUCAGAUCCUUAUGUCAAGGUGUCUUUGCUCUGUGAUGGGAGGAGACUGAAGAAGAAGAAAACCACCAUAAAGAGAAACACACUUAACCCUACAUACAACGAGGCAAUAAUCUUUGACAUCCCUCCAGAAAGCAUGGAUCAAGUCAGCCUGCUUAUCUCUGUUAUGGAUUAUGACCGAGUUGGCCAUAAUGAGAUUAUCGGAGUUUGCCGUGUAGCAAAUAGUGCUGAGGGAUUAGGCCGGGACCACUGGAAUGAAAUGUUGGCUUACCCACGCAAACCCAUUGCACACUGGCACCCUUUGGUGGAAGUAAAGAAGUCCUUCAAAGAGCAAAAUCCAGCACCUGUUGGGAGUGUCCCCAAGGCAGUGAUCCCAGUAGCAGAGUCAUUCCACUCCUUUUCUCCUCUGAUGUCUCAUUCGAAAUAUUCCAAGUGGCAUGGACGAGCAGCCAGCUUUGACAGCCAAAGCUCCUGUCCUUCUCCCAAGCCACCUUCAACACCAUGAUACAUCAAAUGGUGACUCCAUCUAGACUCAACCAUGUUCUUUCAUUUUAUUUUGGGGCUUUUGGCAUGUGACUCGAAUUCUAAGCAACCUGUUGCUGAAUAACAGCAGAACUGGACAGCCUACACUGAGACAACUUGUUUCUGCAGUGGCAAAGGCAGCAGAACUGUUUUGUGGUCCAAUAUAUCUUUGUUAUUUAUAUCUCUCAAGGGGAUAUUCUCUGUGGUUUUCACUUUAUGGACAAGGUUGCCUGGACGAAUGAAGGAUGAAUGAAACAUAGGCUGGAACUGUGGUCUGUAAAAUAACAUGUAAAAUAUCUGUUUGUGUAUGUAUGGACAAGUAGCAGAGAAAUCCUGAUCUUCUGCAACUAACCACACAUAUUUAAGAAGCAAAACAUGAAAAAGAUGAUAAUUAGAAACAAGAUGGCCUUGAUUAGACCCCUUGUGAUAUUUGAAGAACACCCUUUUGUUAUUGUGAUCAGUGAAAAAUUGCAGUUUCUUACGCCUUCUGUGUUGUCCAUAGAGUCUGUGCAGUGUGUAUACCAACCUGCCCUUUGGUGUCUUUUAAGGAGUUGCUGAUUCCUCAGGGAAAAAAAUUACCCAUUUUCUGCAUUUCCAUUCUCCAGAGAAUCUUUUGCAUGAGCUCAGUUGCUUAAGGCCCUGCCCAUUCCUGCUGCAGUUCUAAAGCUGGUCACAGCUUUGAGAUUAGAAAAUCAGUGUGUUUUUUAAAAAGAAAAAAGUGAAGAGAGUGAUUUCUCACCCAUUUUUUCUUCUUGAGAGUGGUGAAAAAUUCUGUAUUUAUUGAGAUGUUGUUACUUCCUGCUUUGUCUUGAUUUUCUAAACCAUUUUCAAUUUAGUCUAGCUUUUGGGCAAAGAAAAAACAAGCAUUUGCAAUAGCUAGGUGAAAGUUGGAAUGUUGUGCCUGUUUAAAACCUUUUCCUCCUAAAUUUAAGAAAUGGGGGGAAAUUCUCCUAUUAAAAUGUGUUAUAGAAUUUCUGGAAAUGUUCAGAAAAGAUUUAAUUUCUAGUGCUUCUAAUUGCAUUUGCGAAAUCAUAAGGUGGUCACAUGGCAUUAAUAUUGAUUUGAUCUUGAGGGUAUUACAAUGGCAUGCCUACAAUGCAGUUUGACUAAUUUUGGCACUGUUUGGCUUCCAUAUUUUCCAGCACAUUUGCCUUGGGCAGUUUGCUCCUGUGCUGCUCUUGUAUCUUACUCACCUUUCCUUAUGCUGCACUUUCUAGAUGUCUUAGAUUACGUAACAUAGGCUGCUUUCAUUAGGACACUUUUGCACUGCUCAGUUGUUUCUUUCCCACAAUCAAUUGCAAGUGGAAUUGCAACUGGGAUUCCACACAGUACUUAAUAUAGGGUUGGAUCCAGCAAACCUUUUCACUCAACCUCACCUGAUCCCUAUCUUUAUGACAGCCCUUGUCAAACAUGGCCUUUGUUCCUGCAGGACUUAUGAGCCUCAGAAUACACUUUUGGGUGGUGAAAGGGGACACCCUCUUCCCUUUUGAACUGUGGGAAAGCUAGUUGGCUCCAACCCAAAGUGCUGUCUUCUCUUAAGAAUCCUGCAAGGUGUCUUUCCAUGAGCAUGAUUCUGUUUAUCCCAGAGUAAAUUCCAUGCAGGAAUUUCCACUUCUCCCUGCAAUUUUUCUUUUGUUCCUUGGUUGAUAGGCUGACUGGAUGGAACUGGUUUCAUGGGAGCCUUUGAUGUGCUGAACCUUCUUUAGAUUAUGUUCACUGGGUUUAAAUUUGAUAUUAAUAACCACAUAAAGAAUAGGGAGUUUUUGCUACAAAAAGCUAAUGGAAAAGGUUUUAAUUUGGAGUAGAACUUAACUGUGCAGGUAAGCCUUCUUUCUGAUUAUUUUGAAGGGAAUUGAGAGAUGUGCCCAUCUCCCUCUGAUUUUCAGUCAGUAUAAUCCAGCAAAGGUGAUACAUGCCUAUAAUAUCUUGCACUCUAUGGUGCAUUUAAAGUGCACCAGCAAAUAGAUUAUCAGUGCUAUCAGGGAUAGGAGCCAAAAUUCAGGUGCAGUCAGAUUGAGGGUCUCUGGAUCAAGAUCACUGACUACAAUCAUGUUCAUGGUUAUGUUGUCAUUGAUUUCCAUAGGCUACAGCUAUAACCAAUAAUAAGCCAGUAUACUUACUGGUUUUCUUGCCUAUAAGAUUUCUUAUGUUUUUCAUCUCAUACCUUUCAAUUUUUUUUAAAAAAAAAUGUUGUUUCUUUACAGUGAUAUUUAAAAGAUUUUGCUUUUGAGACAAUGGGACAUAGGAGCAGCAAAAGUAUCCACAAAUUGCCAUUGUACAUCCAUUCAAACAGGUUAGUUGAGAACUGAGCCAAACCAUUUUUUUUAAAAAAACUUAAAUCACUGAUUAUCAGUACUGGUUAAUCUAAGCUUUUCAGACCUGUGUAUAUAUUUUUGCAGGGGAACUUUGUUCAGUAAAAGACCAUCCUGUUUUAGCUGACCACACCUUGUGUCUUAAUUUUCUUUGUAUGUGUUACAUGCUGCAGGAGCAUCAGUCCAAUAAAAUGACUUUUUUGGAACCUC